GGGGCCCGGCCUCAGAUCUGCUUCCUGCGGCCGCGGACCGCGAAGCCGCUGGUGCUUUUCAGAUGAGGAAACUGAGGCCCAGAAAGGUGACCUGACUUGCCCAAGGUCACUCAGCGAGUUAGCGGCAGAGAACUAGAAGCAGGUUUCCUGACUGCUGUGGAGUGGUCAUUCUGCAUCACCACAGCUGCUGGGCUAGACCAAGAUGGGCAGGUCUCUGUACUCCAGAGUUCACAGCAAAACCGCAGAGAGCCUGAACUAUGUCGCCACGUGCAGCGAAGUGCCCUGGCAUGAACCAGAGGCCAGCUGGCCCAGGAGGUGGAGGCAGCGGUGGCUUCGGGCCACUGAGCCGGGUUGCCGCGGUAAGGACCCACAGACAGGUGUUUCCAGGGCUCCAUCCAAGGGCCAGACUCUGAGCCGGGAGCUGGCGACGCGAGAGGGACAGGCGUCCAAGUCCUGCCCGCUGCGCGCCUGGCGGACAACAGCCAGCGGGCGCAGGCGGCGCGGGGCGCACGGGGCCGGGGAGAGACCUGCGCGCGCCCCCGCCUCGCCCCGCGCGCUCGUGACGGCGCCCCCGGCCCCGCCCCCGACCUCCGCCUCCGGCUUCCCCCCUCCCCUCGACUCGGCCGCGCUCGGGUCGGCGGGCUCUAUGGGGAAAGCGGCCGCUCUGUGCCGAGGCGGCGGCUUCGGUGGCCGCUCCCGCGGGCUCUCGUCGCUGUUCACGGUUGUCCCCUGCCUGUCCUGCCACACGGCGGCGCCGAGCAUGAGCGCUUCCACGCCCGGCUCCGGGUCGGAGCCCAAGCCUCAACCCCAGCCAGUGCCCGAGCGUGUGCGGCAGCCCGCGUCAGAAGAGGCGUCGGAGCCAGCUUCUGAACCGGUGCCAAGAUCGGAGCCUGAGUCUGAGAAGACGUCUGAGCCAAGGCCAGGGUCCAGACAGGGAUCGGAACUGCUGCAGGCGUUGGGGACGAGGUCAGCGCUCCGGCAAGAGUUGGGCUCAAGUGUAGGGGCUGGGCCCUUCACCAAAGCCUCAUCCGAGCAGCUACCAGCGCUGGGGCCAGUAGUGGGGAGCGUGAGCGUGCUCUUAACCAAACCCGAGCCAGGAUCGCUGCCAGCGUCCAAGCCCCUGCCUCUUCUGCGACCUGGACAAACGAAGACGUCUCUUGUUCCAAUGUCAGGAAGUGGCACUACCUCCACUGCUGCCAUGGUCUUACUACCUCUGGACAGCUUCAAGGGCUGGCUCCUCAAGUGGACCAACUACCUGAAGGGCUACCAGCGCCGCUGGUUCGUGCUCAGCAAUGGCCUGCUGUCUUACUACAGAAAUCAGGGUGAAAUGGCCCACACCUGCCGUGGCACCAUCAACCUGUCCACCGCGCAGUUUGACAAGGAGGACUCUUGCGGUAUUGUGCUGACCAGUGGGGCAAGGACCUACCACCUCAAAGCCAGCUCGGAGGUGGAGCGGCAGCAGUGGAUCACUACCCUGGAGCUGGCCAAGGCCAAGGCUGUCCGCAUGAUGAGCAGCCACUCAGAUGACUCUGGGGACGACGACGACGAAACUACCUCCCCAACUGACAAGAGCGAGCUGCACUACACCAUCAAGAACCUCUCCUUGAAGCUGGACGACCUCAGCACGUGCAAUGACCUCAUCACCAAGCACGGCGCCGCGCUCCAGCGCUCCUUGAGCGAGCUGGACGGCCUGAAAAUCCCGAGUGAGAGCAGUGAGAAGCUGAAGGUUGUGAAUGAGCGGGCCACUCUCUUCCGCAUCACAUCGAAUGCUAUGAUCAAUGUCUGCAGGGACUUCGUGGAACUAGCAGAGACACACAGCCGGAAAUGGCAGCGUGCACUGCAGUAUGAGCAGGAGCAGCGCAUCCACCUGGAGGAGACCAUCGAGCAGCUAGCCAAGCAGCACAACAGCCUUGAGCGGGCCUUCCGCAGCGCCCCUGGCCGGGCCAGCAACCCCACCAAGAGCUUCAGCGAGGGAAGCCUUUUGACUCCCAAAGGAGAGGACAGUGAGGAAGAUGAAGAUACAGAGUACUUCGAUGCCAUGGAAGACGCCACAUCCUUCAUCACCGUGAUCACUGAGGCCGAGGACAGAAAAGCUGAGGGUGGGACCACAGGCUCUGUGGACUGGACCUCGGCAGACAAUGUGCUAGACAGCGCCUCACUUGUGCCCAAGGGCCCCCCCAAAGUCAAGAGGCGUGUCCGCAUCCCUAACAAGCCCAACUACAGCCUUAAUCUCUGGAGCAUCAUGAAGAACUGCAUCGGCCGGGAGCUCUCCAAGAUCCCCAUGCCGGUCAACUUUAACGAGCCCCUGUCCAUGCUCCAGCGGCUGACCGAGGACCUGGAGUACCACCACCUGCUGGACAAGGCAGUGCACUGCACCAGCUCGGUGGAGCAGAUGUGCCUGGUGGCGGCCUUCUCCGUGUCCUCCUACUCCACCACCGUGCACCGCAUCGCCAAGCCCUUCAACCCCAUGCUGGGGGAGACCUUCGAGCUGGACCGCCUCGAUGAGAUGGGCCUGCGCUCCCUCUGCGAGCAGGUGAGCCACCACCCUCCAUCAGCUGCACACUAUGUGUUCUCCAAGCACGGCUGGAGCCUCUGGCAGGAGAUCACCAUCUCCAGCAAGUUCCGGGGGAAGUACCUCUCCAUCAUGCCGCUAGGUGCCAUCCACUUAGAAUUCCAGGCCAGUGGGAAUCACUACGUGUGGAGGAAGAGCACGUCAACUGUGCAUAACAUCAUCGUGGGCAAGCUCUGGAUUGACCAGACAGGGGACAUCGAGAUUGUGAACCAUAAGACCAAGGACCAUUGCCAGCUGAAGUUCUUGCCCUAUAGCUACUUCUCCAAAGAGGCAGCCCGGAAGGUGUCAGGAGUGGUGAGUGACAGCCAGGGCAAGGCCCACUAUGUGCUGUCAGGUUCGUGGGAUGAACAGAUGGAGUGCGCCAAGAUCGUGCAAAGCAGCCCCAGCAGCCCCAGCUCGGACGGGAAGCAGAAGACAGUGUACCAGACGCUGCCAGCCAAGCUGCUGUGGAAGAAGUACCCGCUGCCGGAGAACGCCGAGAACAUGUACUACUUCUCGGAGCUGGCCCUGACCCUCAACGAGCACGAGGAGGGCGUGGCGCCCACCGACAGCCGCCUGCGGCCCGACCAGCGGCUGAUGGAGAAGGGGCACUGGGACGAGGCCAACACGGAGAAGCAGCGGCUGGAGGAGAAGCAGCGCGUGUCGCGGCGCCGGCGGCUGGAGGCCUGCUCGCGGCGCUGCGGCUCCGAGGACGAGAAGGAGGCCGACGUGUACAUGCCGCUGUGGUUCGAGAAGAGGCUGGACCCGCUGACCGGGGAGACGGCCUGCGUGUACAAGGGCGGCUACUGGGAGGCCAAGGAGCGGCAGGACUGGCACGUGUGUCCCAACAUCUUCUGAGCGCCACCCCCGCAAAUACAGGCGCCCGCAAGGCCCGGGCCACCUGUUCUUUAAUGCGCUCCAUUUAGUGCUCACCGCCCCCCCCCCCCCCGCCCUUUCCCUUAACUCCCUUAACGCCUCUUUUAUUUUUCUAUCACUUUUUUGGGGCUCCCACCGUGGAAGGAGGACCUGCUGACCGGGUUCUCUCCAGCCCCAGGUGCCCUGGGUCCCCCGCACCCCUUCUUUGUGCACUUGGGCCCUAAUGGGACCCCAGCUCCCAGUCACCACAACUCAGGCAGGCUGGCCCGACCCUGGGCCGCCCCAGUCACCAGCCCCGAGGGAGGAAUUGGCCCCUCCUAGGGAGCCGAUUUUGACUUUUUUAGAAAAACGAUCUCCAUUUCUUUCCAGCCAAGACGUUUAGUAAAUAUUUUUAGUACGGCACUUAGCAGACAACUUUCUAAGUGUGCUUUCUUGCCACAAAGUGUCCUGGCAAGAGCCCCUUUUUAAGACAUCAGGAAGACCCCUUUGAGUCGGGAGCAUUUUGUAGCUCAACAGAGCAGGGCUGACCCCAGG